AGAAAUGGCAACAUUGUCUCGCGUAUACACAAGGUCAUAUCUUGGUACCUUCUCCCGAGCCUACUCCAAAAUAUAUCUGAUUGAUAAAAAUUAUUUAAAGAGUUAGUGAUCCGAAAAAAAGUUCUGAUAAAUUUUCAUGCCAGAAUGAACUCGAUAAAAAAUACUAAACAAAAACAGGUAGAAGAUGUUAUCAUUGUAGGAGCUGGAGCAGCAGGAAUUGCAGCUCUCUCCAAAUUGCUUGAUUAUGGAAUUGAAAACGUGAAAAUUUUGGAAGCUGAAAAUAGAAUUGGCGGUAGAGUACACAGUAUCUACUUUGGUGAUGCGUACGUCGAUUUGGGUGCAGAAGAAGUUCAUGGAGAAAACGGCAAUAUCAUUGUAGAAUUGGCAAAACAAUUUCUCAAUGAGAAAAAAUCUCUCACAGAAAGUAUUUGUUACUGUUCGAAAGGAAAUAAAGUCGAUAAGGAUGUUAGUGAACAAAUUAUGAAACUUAUAGAAGAUUUUUGUGAAGAUGACAGUAAAGUUGAUAAAUCUAUUGGACAUGUUUUCACUGAAAGAUUUAGUGAAACAAUAUUGAAAAAGUAUGAGAAUGAUCCAAGUAAAAUCAAGAUUGCUACCAGUUUUCUGCCUCUCUGUGAAUCUUUCUUCUCCAUACUGGAAGGCCCAUAUUCUUGGUUUGACGUAAUCUUAGAAUCAGCCUCGAACUAUGUUGAUUGCAAAGGUGACCAAUUCAUAGGAUGGAAUGGAUAUGGUUGUAAAACAAUUUUAGAGAUAAUAAUGGGAAAAAAUCCAAAGCGUGAUGAUUCGAUAGAUGAAGAAAUUCAUUAUGGAAAUAAAAUUUCACUAGGAAAAGUCGUUAAAAAGAUUUCAUGGAAUAGAGGAUCAACGGUCAGAAUAGAAUGUGAUGAUGGUUCAAGUUAUUUCACAAAGUAUGUUAUCUUUACGCCUUCUGUUGGUGUGCUACGAGAAAAACAUAAGGAAAUUUUUGAACCAUGUUUACCAGAAAAGAAGCAACAUGUUCUUCAGAAAAUCGGAUAUUCCAAUGUGAUGAAAGUUGCUCUACGAUUCAAAAAUAAAUGGUGGAACGAAGUACCCAUGGCUCUGCUAUGGACUGAAGAUCAUUCUGAAGAUAUUGGAAACUCCUGGUUAAAAUCGAUACAUUGGUUAAUGGGAGCUCCUGAGAACCCCAACGUUCUUGUAGCUUGGCUAACUGGACCGGAAACGACUUCUGUAGAGAAACUGAGCAAUGAUGAAAUCAAAAAUGGAAUCAUGAAGGUUCUUGAUAAGUUCCUUGCUAACGACUUCGAAAUUUCUGAGCCUGUAGAAAUCAUUCCAACAAGAUGGCAUUCCAAUCCGAACUUCCGUGGAACAUAUUCCUAUGAAACUUUGGAAACUUGCAAGUUAGAAAUUCCAUUCCAAAAAACGCUGGAAGAACCACUUAGAAACGAAGAAGGGCAUCCUAUUGUACUUUUUGCUGGUGAAGCUACUCACCUUACUCAAUAUUCAACUGUCAAUGGAGCUAUUUUAUCUGGGUACAGAGAGGCUGAAAGAAUCGUUGGAAUUCGAAAUAAAAAUUGAUAACAAUUA